GCUCGUUUGUAACAGCGUUUCUGUGUGUUUCACACUCAAGACUCAACGACACAAAAACAACACUAACACAUCAGCUGAGCCACACCCUCCCUCUACCCUCUCUCUUCCCUCCCGAACCCAAAAAUCCCUUCUUCCCUCUCCACAAACCCUCCCUUCUUCCUUCCAGGUUCCAACUCGUAUAUUACGGUUUCGUAUAUACACACAAAGAGAGAGGGGGAAAGGAAGAAAGGAAAAGGAAUGGAUUCAGAUCAGGGGAAGCUAUUCAUCGGGGGGAUUUCUUGGGACACCAACGAGGACAAGCUGAAGGACCAUUUCUGCAACUAUGGUGACGUCACCAACGCCUCCGUUAUGAGGGAUAAGAACACCGGCAAGCCCAGAGGCUUCGGCUUCGUUGAAUUCGCCGAUCCCUCUGUUCUCGACAGGGUCCUCCAAGAUAAGCACGUCAUCGAUGGUAGAACGGUUGAUGCUAAGAGGGCCUUAUCAAGAGAGGAUCAACAAAUUUCUGUCACUUCCAGAGGUGGAAAUUCCCAUUCUGGUUGGAAUUCUGGUGGAAAUGGUGGAAAUAUGAGGACGAAAAAGAUAUUUGUUGGAGGGUUACCUCCCACACUGACUGAGGAAAAAUUUCGUCAGUAUUUUGAGUCGUAUGGUCAUGUAACUGACGUAGUAGUUAUGUUCGACCAGAAUACUGGACGACCACGUGGAUUUGGUUUUAUUUCUUUUGACACUGAAGAGGCAGUUGAUAGAGUUUUGCACAAGACCUUUCAUGAUUUAUACGGUAAGCAAGUAGAAGUGAAGCGUGCACUUCCAAAAGAUGCCAAUCCUGGUGCAAGUGGCCGUGGUGGCGGUGGCGGCGGCGGUGCCGGAGGCUAUCAGGGUUAUGGGUCAUCUGGUGGCAACCAGAAUGCUUACGAUGGCCGUAUGGAUUCUAAUAGGUAUAUGCAACCUCAAAGCACUGCAGGUGGUUUUCCACCUUACGGUUCUGCUGGCUAUAGUGCGCCUGGAUAUGGCUAUGGUCCAGCUAAUAAUGGUAUGGGCUAUGGUGCAUACGGAAGUUAUGGUGGUGCUGCUGCUGGGUAUGGUGGAGCAGCUGGGGCAGCAUACGGGAAUCCAAAUGUUGCUAAUGCUGCUUAUGCCGGUGGUCCACCAGGUGGUCCAAGGACUUCAUGGCCAGCUCAGGCUGCUUCUGGUUAUGGGUCUAUGGGCUAUGGGAACACAGCUGCAUGGGGUGCACCAAGUGGUGGUGCUGGCUCUGUUGGUGGUGGCCCUGGUUCAGCAACUGCAGGUCAAUCCCCCAGUGGAGCUGCUGGAUAUGGGAAUCAAGGAUAUGGAUAUGGCGGGUACGGUGGGUAUAGUGGAAGUGAUAGUUCUUAUGGGAACCCCGGUGGAUAUGGUGCUGUUGGAGGGCGUACUGGGAGUACCCCAAAUAGCAAUGCCAGCGGUGCUGGUGGGAGUGAACUACAAGGUAGUGGUGGCAGCGGCAGCUAUAUGGGCGGUGGCUAUGGGGAGGCUAAUGGAAAUUCAGGUUAUGGAAAUGCUGGUUGGAGAUCUGAACAAGCUCAAGGUUCUGGAAACUAUGGGACUUCUCAGGGGGCUCAUGGUGGGCAAGUUGGUUAUGGUGCUGGAUAUGGUGGUGCUCAGUCUUGAUGAGACGAAUAGGAGUAAUUUUGACAGUAAAAUCACUUACUGGAUCUUGGACUUCGACUUGUGGAUCUGUGGCAUUUAAUAUUAAAUUGUGACCUAAUGAAUUUUUCCUAGCGGUAAAGGAGUGACUCAAGCUCGAUAUCGAUACACAACGGGAUUGGUUGGAUUGCUUGAAUCCCAUUGGUUUUCACUUUGCAGUAUCUGCUUUCAUAGUUUAUAAUAAGUAGUAUGGUUGAAGAGAUACUAGUAGCUACUUCCUAUUUAGUUGUUUUUGUGUGUAGCUUUAAAUUGCGUGCUUGUGAGAUUAGUUGAUUUUCAUCAGUUCUUGUAGUAGUCGUUCAACUAUAGUAUUAUAUUUCACCUAAUAUGAUGGUUUGAUGCAUUUAUCUA